CACCUCCAGCAGCUUGAGCACUGCAUCGCUGCCACGUGCAUACGAGUCUCUAGCGACUUUUUCUUCGCGGAUCUGUUCCGGUCCUCGCCACGUCGCGACCCUGCAGCUGACAGUCUAAGCUUUAUUCGACGUGGUGGCUUAUGGAUCGACCUGCAGGGAAAGGGGCGGCGGCUCGUUUCGAGCCAACGUGAGGAAUACGAAGCCUUUCUUUUCAGGCACAACUUUUCAUGGUGGCACAGAUGCUAGGCGUCGUCGGCAAACAGUCGUCCGUCAUUGCCUGACCUCAUGCACUGAAACUUCCUGGGCAAUGACUUCUUCGCUUGUCUCACCAUCGUGACCAUGCUGGCGAACCGCCUCCAGUGGCGCAUUGCCCUUUCCGUCACCCUGGGCCUUGUCCUCCUGGGACUUCUGUACCUGAAUCAAUCACAGGACUAUCUGAGCUUGCGCGAGCAUAUCUUUGGCGACAAGCUGGUCCCGGAUCCAGCCUCGUCGCCUGACGUCCCCGUCGAUCACGGAUCGCACAAGGUCGAGCUCGUCGUCGCGAGCACCAAGGCGGAGGAUACUGCAUGGGUCACGAAGCACUUUCCCGACUGGCACCCGCAGAUCUACGUCGUCAACAACAAGCAUGCUACGCUUACCGUGCCCAAGAACAAAGGCCGCGAGGCUAUGGUAUACCUGACGUAUAUCAUCGAUAACUACGACGACUUGCCAGAGAACGUCGUCUUCAUCCACGCCUCGCGGUUCGCCUGGCACAACGACGACCCUGACUACGACGCCGUCCCGACGCUCCGCAACCUGCAGCUCGACUAUGUCGCCGAGUCUGGCUAUGUCAAUUUGCGGUGCGUCUGGGUCAUCGGCUGCCCUUAUGAGAUCCAUCCGUUCCAGGACGCAGGACACAAAGACGAGGGCAGCAAGACUCCCUCGGCUAAGGGCGUCUACAAGCAGGCGUUCGAGGAGCUGCUACCAGGCACGCAAGUGCCCGAACUUGUCGCUGUGAGCUGUUGCUCGCAAUUCGCCGUCACGCGACAGACGCUCCAGACGCGGCCCCGUUCAGAUUACGAGCAUUUCCGGGACUGGCUGUUGAAGACGCCGCUCACCGACGACUUGAGUGGAAGAGUACUGGAGUUUUUGUGGCACAUACUAUUCGGCAAAGACGCCGUCUUCUGCCCUUCCGCUGCGACAUGCUAUUGCAAAGUAUUUGGCCACUGUAACAGCACCUGUACGGACUCGGCGUGUGACGGGAGAUACACCUUGCCUCCGUACUCCCAGUUGCCCAAGGGCUGGCCGUUGAUCGGAUGGAAGGAUGAGCACAGGAAUUAUACGGGGGAGCUGGACUGAGCUGGUGUUAAUUUGCAUCUACGAGCGAUAUCGUCAUUUUUCUGCAUAUAUAUCUUCAAAAAGAUUCAGCAUGUCGCUUUUGCAUGGUCGAGACAACGCUUGGAGAAGUCGUGGACGGUAUUUGCUGUGCCCAAGAAAUGAGUUCGGAUCCGCCUGGCAUCUCCCACUGGAGCAGGG